UUCUGGUCCGGGCGCUCUGUUUUCUGGGAGGGACGACGAUGGAGUUCGCGGAAUUGAUUAAGACUCCGCGGGUGGACAAUGUGGUUCUUCACCGGCCUUUCCUGCCGCGGGUGGAGGGCACUCUGUGUCUGACCGGGCACCACCUGAUCCUCUCCUCCCGCCAGGAUAACAGUGAGGAGCUUUGGCUGCUACACAGCAACAUCGACGCCAUCGAGAAAAGGUUUGUGGGAACAUUGGGUACAAUUACAAUUAAAUGUAAGGAUCUGCGUAUCAUUCACUUGGACAUUCCUGGCAUGGAAGAAUGUUUAAAUAUCGCAAGCUCAAUUGAGGCUUUAUCUACUUUGAAUUCUACCACAUUGAUGUAUCCUUUCUUUUAUCGACCUAUGUUUGAGGUCUUGGAAGAUGGAUGGCACUCCUUCCUUCCUGAGCAUGAGUUUACUUUGCUUUCUGUGUCGACAGAUGAAUGGAGACUGAGCUAUGUUAACAAAGAUUUCACUGUUUGCCCCUCCUAUCCUCCUAUUGUCAUGGUGCCAAAGUCAACUGAUGAUGAGAUUUUGAAAAAAGUUGCUACGUUUCGUCAAGGUGGUCGCUUUCCUGUUCUCAGCUAUUAUCAUAAAAAGAAUGGAAUGGUAAUGAUGCGCAGUUCACAGCCAUUGACUGGAACCAAUGGAAGACGGUGUAAAGAUGAUGAAAAAUUGAUCAAUGCCACGCUGUGGGCAGGAAAACGUGGGUAUAUCAUUGACACUAGAUCACUUAAUGCUGCUCAACAAGCCAGAACCAAAGGAGGUGGUUUUGAACAGGAAGCACAUUACCCUCAGUGGAGACGAAUUCACAAGUCCAUAGAGAGGUAUCACAUUCUUCAGGAAAGUUUAAUUAAACUGGUAGAAGCUUCAAAUGACCAAUCCCACAACAUGGAUAGAUGGCUCAGCAAAUUGGAAGCUUCUAGCUGGCUGACCCAUGUUAAAGAGAUAUUGACCACUGCUUGUCUGGCUGCACAGUGUAUAGACAGGGAAGGUGCAUCUGUACUGGUUCAUGGUGGUGAAGGGGUUGACUCCACUUUACAAGUCACUUCUCUUGCCCACAUUAUUCUAGAUCCACAAUGCAGAACAAUUAAUGGUUUUGAGGCCUUGAUUGAACGUGAGUGGUUACAGGCUGGUCAUCCAUUCCAGCAGCGAUGUGCUCAGUCAGCCUAUUCCAAUUCUAAGCAGAAGAAUGAAGCUCCUACAUUUCUCCUCUUCCUGGAUUGCUGUUGGCAGAUCCAGCGCCAGUUCCCAUGCUCUUUUGAAUUUAAUGAACAGUUUCUAAUAGUGUUGUUUGAACAUGCUUAUGCCUCCCAAUUUGGAACGUUCUUGGGCAACAAUGAAAAUGAAAGACGAAAACUGAAACUUCAACAGAAAACUGUAUCUCUAUGGUCCUGGAUGAAUAGACCAAAAGAACUGGAGAAGUACUUCAAUCCACUAUAUGAAGCUAACAGCCUAGUUAUUUGGCCUUCAGUGGCACCACAAAGUUUGCAGCUAUGGGAAGGUGUGUUUCUCCGAUGGAACCGUUCCUUAAAAUACUUAAAUGAGGCCUGGGAUGAAAUAACUCACAUCGUUGAAUAUAAUAAGGAUCUACAGGCAAAAGUAAAUGCACUUCGACGACAGCUAGCUGAACUGCAAACAGAAGACUAAGAUUUGAAAGCCCUUGACAGCAAUCUUUGAAUCAUUACAUUUACUACAUUUAGAAGUAAUAAUUUGGAUAUGAUGUGCAUGUCUUAAACCCUGAGUACCUCUACAAUAAGACCCUUUCGAUGAAUUCUGGUUAUUGGUAACGUUCAUAAUGUAGAUGAUGUCUUGAUUGAUUUUUUGUAGAAGAGUAUUUACAGGUAUGGUUUUAAAGUAAAAUCAUUUGUGCAAACUUUGGAGCUGACCAUCCUGUGGAGUAAAUGUGGUUUGGCCUUUUUUUUGCUUAGGUUAAGUAUUGCACAGAUCAUAUGAAAAUUUCUUUGAAUUACCUUUCCUGUACACUUCACAUCAGACUGUUCUGUUUGGCUUUUUAAGCAUAUGUCAACAUAUAGCUUUAACUGGUUAGACAAUGACAUCAAAAUUGUUGAUUGUGCAAUUUAAAGCAAUUAUGAGUACUGUAAAGUCUGAAUAUUUGGGUAAGAAAAUUAUUGAUUUUAGAAUAUACCUCAUCAGUUAUUAAACUGGUUGAUGGUCCUGCACUUUGAUAGAAAUAACUUUCCUAAGAAGUUUCCUAAUUUGACUAGUAGCAGUCGAAAUUUUUUCAUAUGGAAAUAAUCCAUCUCAACCUGUUACAAACAAAGGUCACUGCAAGCACAGCCAAAUAGUUGUGUACGUCUACUCAUGCCAAAUUUCAAAAUUUAAAGCCUUAGAACACUCAACUUAACAGUCCACUUCCUGAAAUAAGAAAGAGCUCAAAUUAAAUUCUGAUUCUGUUGAGAUGUAUUUUGCAAGUAAGAUCUUUUAUUGCUACAUGUGUGAAUUGUAAAUGAUUUGUAAUUGGUUUCAGGUGAAUUUAUAACAAAGUUAAAUUAAAUGGUUCGAUCAUUUUCAUAUGUGAAGACAGUCAGCAGCCAAAAUAGCUCCUAAUCUGGAAAGCAGAUAAUGUUACAUUUUUCUAGCGCACAGUUAUUAGCAGUUUAAAAAAAUACAGAAACUAUGCCUCCUGAGAAUAUUAAACAUGGUUCAGCAAAUAAACAAGACCUCUAUAUGCAUCUAAUCUGAGAUUUUGGACUUCUAGUAUCAUUGCCUGCACCUAUUGAAGAAUAUACUUUACCUUUAUCAACCUUUGUAUUGUCUGGUUGUAACAGUGCUGUAUGAAACCCAUUUCUAUAUUUUCUUUAAAUAUAUUCAAAGGAAUUGUGACCAUAUCAAACAGAGUAUAUUUUCAAGAUCUAACGGAGCUGGAGAUUUAUUUCAUUUAAAUGUUUCUGAUUAGGAGGUUCAGUUUAAAAUGUUGCCAAUUUGUGGCUGGUAGCAAAAUAGAACAGUUUCCAGUCUUCGUUUGAAGUAGCACUUUAUAUCAUUGCAUCAGAAGAUAUUCCUGUUGAAACUUGAGCUUGCUUGCUCCUCUUGUGUUCAAGGGCAUUGUUUAUGACGUACGCUAACAUUUGAAGUGAGCUUAAGUAAAUGUCACUGAUGCUGCAGAGCAGUGUUAACAACAAGUUAAUGUCACUCACGAAUAAUCUUCAGUUAUGCAAAUGCUUGUACAGCUAUCCUAAUACUAGAUCUUUAUAUGAUCAUACCGACUUUUAAAAAGUAUUUAUAUUUCACACUACAUUUAAUUCUUUUCUUUUCAAAUGUAACAAAUGAACAAAAUUAAUGAAAUAAAAGUUUACCUUGAUGGUUUUAAAGUUUGUAUUGGAUAACACGCAACCUACAUACUUGAGGCCUUCUGAGUCAGUGAAGUAAUUGAAUGUUUCUAUUGUGCUUAAAAGAUGGAUGUCAUUAUCUGGUUUAAUCAAGUGAGUGCCUUUUACUCUUGUUCUUGCCCCCAAAUCCCACUUCACCUUGCAGAUGAGAAAAGAUUUUAUCCUCUUGUCAGCCAUUCCAUAUGUCAGAUUUUUGGGUAUACGUAUUUUUAACACCAGUCAUCUGCUCUUUAUUCCAGAGGUGGUUGUGAUUGUUGCUGGCAGAAUUUUGUGACACACCAAAUUAAUUCUUUUAACAAAGUAGGAUCACAUUCUUCAGCUAAGCUUCAUCAAAUCUAGGGUAUAGUUUGCCAAUGCUAAGGACACCUUUCUUUGAAGCAGAUAGCAUGAAUGUUAGAUUUCUGGCUUGUUGCAAAAAAAUUCUCUUUGCAUUCUACCAAGUUGUCCUUUUUUCUAUUUUCUGUGUUGUUGGUAGGGUUAGCUUGGUGUCAAUGGGAUGUAUAUGGAAGCAAGGAAUUACUUUUUCACUUUCCAUGGACUGGAAAAAAAAUUAUAUUAGAAUGUUGCGCUGUCAUAAUGCUUUGAAAAAUUAUUCUAAGCUUGGUAAUGGUGUUAAAUCAUUCUAUAUUGCAGUCAUGUGCUGUCAUUCCUUUGUGCUAAACUAUACUGCCUUCAAUCUAUUCAAUUAUGUGAACCAAAUGUUUUUGUGUAUAUUUAAAAACUAGUUAAAACUUUCCAAGAUACUCAAGUGCAUGUUUUCUUAAUUACUAUCAAAAUUGUAAACUUCAGACAGUGAAGUUCAGGAAUCAUGAGAAGUGCUGUGAGCUGCUGUAAUUCAGUAUGUGCUGUAGAAGUAGUUUAUUGCAUAUGUUGGCUUGAAUUUUGUACUUGGAAUGACACCAAACUGGAGAUUACAUGGAGCCUAUCUGCUGCAUUCAUUAGCACUUGUAUUUUGCAAAGGCACCAUGCAUUGUUCUAAAUGACUUUUUGAAAUAAUAAAUUUAAAAUUAUGUUCUUGAA